UUACCUCCGCUCCGGUUCGUAACUUGGCGGGGAACUACAAUUUUGCAAUCGCCUCCAUGGCGACCGGCAUGCGCCCACGGGCCGAAGCGGGAGCCGCGCUACCCGUCGUCUUUCUUCUUCUUCUUCUAUAUAUCGGUACCAUCGUCUUUGUUUAAUCUCCAAAAGAAACUAAUAAAAGAAAAAGAGUUCCGCCAUAAAUCUAUAGGGGGAGGGAGCUCACAGAUGGCCCCUCAACUGGGUUCAUGUAGGUCCAACUCGGAGAAGCGGAGCAAGGAGAGGCUGCUCUCCUCGUGUCACGAGGAGGGGGAGUGGGGGUUCGCCCUCGACUUCGAUGAGGAGGAGGAGAGAGGAUGCCUUCGGCGGAUCGGCGACGGGAUCGCCGGGAUGUGGGGCAAGGCGUGGGAGCUGGUGGUGAGGCUGUGGAAUUUCGGGCGUUCGGAUCCGAGGAAGGUCAUUUUCGGCGCAAAGGUGGGUCUCGCGCUCACUCUGACCUCGUUCAUCAUCUUCCUCAAGGAGCCUUCCAUUGACCUCACCAAGAACUCCGUCUGGGCCAUCCUCACCGUCGUCGUCGUCUUCGAAUUCAGCAUAGGUUCGACGCUUAGCAAAGGGCUUAAUCGGGCUGUAGGAACAGUAACUGCUGGAGGGCUUGCUCUAGGGGUUGCAGAGUUAUCCAAAUUGACGGGAGAUUUUGAGGAGCUGGUCAUUAGUAUCUGCAUCUUUGUUGCUGGGUUUUUUGCAAGCUUUAUAAAACUCUACCCAACGAUGAAGCCUUAUGAAUAUGGGUUCCGGUGUUUCUUGCUCACAUUCUGUGUCGUGAUAACGUCGGGAUAUCGGACAGGGGAAUUUAUUACAACGGCUGUGAGUCGACUUGUACUUAUUGCGCUUGGUGCUGCUGUUAGUUUGGGAAUUAAUAUUUGCAUCUACCCAAUCUGGGCAGGAGAGGAUCUGCAUCACUUGGUAGCAAAGAAUUUCAUGAGCGUAGCAAAGUCUUUGGAAGGCUGUGUCAAUAGAUACAUUCAGUGCAUUGAAUAUGAGAGGAUUCCUUCAAAAAUUCUUACAUAUCAAGCUUCUGAUGAUCCUUUAUACAGUGGGUAUAGGUCAGCUGUUGAAUCAACAAGCCAAGAGGAUUCUCUUUUAGGCUUUGCUAUGUGGGAGCCACCCCAUGGUCCUUAUAAGAUGUUGAGAUAUCCCUGGAAAAACUAUGUUAAAGUUGGUGGUGCGCUAAGGCACUGUGCCUUCACGGUUAUGGCAUUGCAUGGCUGCAUACUUUCAGAAAUUCAGGCCCCACGUGAAAGCAGGGAAGUUUUUAGCAGUGAGCUGCAGAGAGUAGGCAUUGAAGGUGCUAAAGUGUUACACGAGCUAGGAAACAGAGUCAAGAAAAUGAUGAAAUUGAAUCCCGGGAACAUCCUCCUUGAAGUCCAUGAGGCUGCUGACAAGCUGCAGAAGAAGAUAGACCAGAAAUCGUAUCUUCUGGUGAAUUCAGAAAGCUGGGAAUUGGGAAGGCAGCCUGAAAUAAUUAAGGAUGCCUUAGAUUGUGUCAACAUGUUGGAAGGUAAAAAGAAAUACCUCCAAACCAAAUCUCACAGCGAGACGGUGCUUAAUCUUCAACCAGUCCAAUUAUCAAGUAGUUGGGAUGCUCAUAACUCAAUCAACAAUGCAGUUGACUCCCCAGGAGCAACAGAGUUCAAACAUCAGGUAUCAUGGCCUGCAAGGGGGUCAUUUAUUUCUGAUGCAAUACCUAAUGAGGAAGAGUUAAAAACAUAUGAAAGUGCUAGUGCAUUGUCAUUGGCUACAUUUGCUUCACUUCUGAUUGAGUUUGUCGCAAGACUUCAGAAUCUUGUGGAUGCAUUUGUAGAGCUGAGCGAGAAAGCUAACUUUAAGGAGGCCAUAGAUGAACCUGCAGCAGAGAUGACUGGUUUCGGCACCAGUAUAUACAAGUUUGUUGGAUUAAAGGAUUGAGAAUCAGAUAAGAGGGUGGUUGCUCUUAGUACAUUGAGGACAUCUGGUUUAAAUACAAGGUAUUAAUAAAAGUUGAAUGGUUUGACCUAGAAUGCAUCCUCUUUAUGUACUUGAAGACACUGCCUUAAUGGAAACAAGGUGAUGCCUUGUCCUUGACUGACUCAAUAAAUUCGUCUAACCGGCCAUCGCAUCAACACUAUAAUAUAAUACAACACCAACUAUUCCCCGACGCUAAAGUGAAAUAUUGUUUUCCAUAGGCUGUGAACUGGGUUAAUAUUAUCAGAAUGUAACUGGCCUAGAUUUUUUAUAUUCUUUUAGAUGGUCGUAUAGUAUUUUUGCUGACCACCACAUUACAGUUUAACUAUUUGUUCAUUCAUAUAUUUUAUCUAUCAAUUUAUUCAAUCGAUUAGCAUGUC